UUAAUUAUGUCAGUUAAAGGACGAUUUUUUCAAUGUAUAUUGUGCGUUAUUUUGUACAUUGGAAUUUGUCUUUUUUUAUUAGAAAUAAAACACAGUUUCUACUUAACACAGUAUCAAAUUUCAAUGUUUUUUUCAAAUAAUGUGACAAAACAAGAAUGUUUUGGAGUUACUCAGUCAGUUAAAAAACCAAUUAAUUUAGAGAUAGAAUUUUUGAAACGUGAUGAAAUGAAUGGAGAACCAAUUAACUUACAGGAAAGUGUAACAAUACUGCAACAAAUUUCAAAUGUAUGUAUGAAAUACAAUUUAAAAACUCCCUUAAUAAAAAGGCAUUUUCUGUAUAAUUCCCAACAUAAGUCAAUGUAUUGUUGGAUUCGAAAAGUAGCAUCAACAAGUUUUACAAAAUUAUUUGCAGACAUGAAAAAUCGUACACCCACGCGGAAUUAUUAUAGAGAAGUUGAUAUUUUAACACCAAAAACAUUAAAAGAAGUACAACAUGUAUCACAUAAUACAAAAAUAUUUAAGCUUUUAGUGGUACGACAUCCUUUCCACAGGCUUGUCUCAUCAUACAGGGAUCGAAUAGCAGAUAAUUCAAAAUAUACUGCACAAGCUUGGAUCUAUACAGAAAAGAUAUUUCGUUUUACAAGGCCUGAAUUGUUUCAUUCGAAUACAACAACUGGUAAUUUUCAUGAGAAAGUAUUCACACCUGAUAAAAGAUUAAAAAUAAUACCAACAUUUAAAGAGUUUUUGGAAUGGCUUUUACAAAAUCCUGAAGAAGAUGAUGUUCAUUGGUCUCAAUAUUACACACAUUGUGCUGUAUGUAAUAUACGAUAUAAUUAUGUUCUAAAGUUAGAUGAUUACACAUAUGGUCAAAUUAAUUACGUGUUUUCUAAAUUUGGUCUGGAUAAAAAUAAGGUAUAUUUUCCUAAAUUAGAAGAAACACGGGGUGGGUACACAAAUAUUGAUAUUACAUGUAAAUAUUUUGCAAAUCUGACACAAGAGUUAGCUUUAAAAUUAUACAACAAAUAUAAGAUUGAUUUUGAAAUGUAUAAUUAUGAUGUUAAUCGAUAUAUAAAUUGUGCAAAUAAAAACUUUGGACAAUCUUAA